GGACGUCUAAAUUUUUAUCGGCAAAUCCGACAGGGAGGAGCAGAAGCAUGUGAAAUCGAAAGUUCAAUAGAAAUAUUUUACCCUUUUAGCAAAUAUUAUAUUAUUUUAAAAUCCUUCUGCGAUUAGUUUUCUGACAGCAAAGACUAGCUUACUGGCCGCGAAGUCAGUUUAAGACAUAAUGGCUACCAUGUGAAAUAACAUUUGACGAACAAGUUGUCAAACGUAGCGAAGGUUAUGACUUGUUAUUAGAAAGCCUUAUUGGUGAAGCACAAGAGCAGUAAUAAAACGCAAAUAUGGAUUCUCUCAGCAUUAGAUGCAGUUAAUUUCACUCAGAGAUGGAUGGGCUAAAAAGGAGAUUAAAUGGGAGAAAUAGGAUGCCAAAUGGGCUAAAUGGGAUGCUUAGUGUGCCAAGAGUGAGGCCAAAUGGAUGGAAUCGGAUGUUAUGCGCUUAACAUGAAGUUAAAAGAAUCAACAAGUGUUACAAGUUAAGUGUAACAUUUAGGAUUUAUUGCUGCAUAUUGUUUUGAUUGAAUUCUCGAGGAGAAUAAGUAUGCAACAAGGAAGUCAUGGUAACCACUUAUCAAGGCAAAUUAUAUUUAUUUAAUCAAUCAUCAUGUCUGGUGGUUAUGAUUACGAUAUUGUUGAAGAAGUUAAGCAAGAUUUUUAUUGUGUUAUCUGCUUGAAUCUUAUGAAGGAUGCUAUGCAGUUAACAUGCGGUCAUGGAAUGUGUAAUUACUGUUUACAGUCAUUGGCACAAAGUUCGAGCAAGCGAAAUGUUGAGUUUGUUUGUCCAAGUUGUCGCGAAUCUGUUGAUAUGGACAAGGUUCAUACUGCUGGUAUGGUAAAUCGUUUUAUUCUAUCAAUAAAAGUCAAGUGUGUAAAUGUGAAGGACGGAUGUUCUUGGAUUGGUGAAAUUUCAGAUAUGAAAGCUCAUUGUGAAUCGAAAUGUGCAUUUCAAGAGGCGCAUCUAAAGGUUUGUCCUAAAUAUGCAGUGAUCUGCCCUAAUAACUGUGGUGAAAUAAUUCCACGUUUUGAGUUACCUGUUCAUUUAAAAACGUGCCCACUCUCCUUGGUUGAAUGUACUUUCAAGAAAUAUGGCUGUCAUGUUGAGACAACAUUGGGAGAUAUGAAUGGUCAUUUAAGCGAUUAUGUUCAUAAUCAUUUAAGUAUGGUUGCCACCUAUGCAUCCAGAAUUGAGAAUGAGUUGGCUGCUACACAACAUAAACAGGCUGCAGCAAUAAAUAAGCUCCAGAAUGAUGUAACUGCAACUAAACAUGAGCUGUCAAUUUUACAAAACAAUCAAAAGGGAAUAAACAUGGAUGUAACACAGUGGCAACCUUUUUUGGAUCUUAAGGAUAAAUUGACUGUAGAAUAUGAUAAAAACCUUGCACGAUUGUCGAAUAGUAAAGAUGAAAUAUAUAAGGAAUGUUUCACACAACCUUUAUGCUAUGAAGAAUCUAAACUUCUUUUGAAAUCAAAGUUAAUGGAUGUAGUUAUUAAUUAUGGCAACUACGAUAUUAAAAUGUUUGUUAACUUUUUUGAAUUGGGGAGAGUCACUAAUAUUCCGGAUUCAUUUUGGAGCCUGUGGGACAGUGAUCUUAAAGAAAAAUUUAUGUUAAACAUUUCCUUAAUUCAUCUUGGAAAGUGUGCAAAUUUAAAAAUUGUAAUUGAAGACUUACUAAAUGGUUGGGAUCUAUACCUGACAUCAAGGUUAUUAAAUUUAGGACAAAUUACAAUUGACAAUUAUGGGUACUGUCAUUGCUGUAAAGACAGACCUGUUAAUCGUUUUGAUUUCUGGUUAAGUGCAAAUGUUCAAAGUGAUAAAAUAUUAGUUUUAACUGGUAUACCUGCAAAAAGGGAUGUAAGUAUUAUUGAUAAAAUUAAUGGAAAGGAAGUUAAUGCAAAGCUGGAUGGCAAUGCUCAUCUUUUUUCGAUGGAAGACUUGGUUAUUAAGAAUUCGAUCAAAUACAAUAUUUUUUUACUAAAAAUAUCACUUUUAAAGGAGAAUUGAGGUCGAAAAACAACCUUUGCUUAAAAUGAGCGUUUUAUCUUCCUGAAUGUAUUGGUGCACAUAAAAAUUCUUAAAUGUUUAUAAUAGCCGUAAAUUAGCAGUUUUUUAAGGUCAUAUCAUUAAAAAUGUGACUUGACUGUUUCGACUGUGAUGGCGUCCUUAGACAGCGACUUAUUUUCUUUAUGGUUGAUAAUUGCGAAGGUAGCUCAUUCGUUGCUAGAAAUAAAGAUUAUUUCUGUGGAUUUGUAUGAAAGCCCGAGUAUAGCAAAGAAGAACUGAAGAAAAAAAGUUUUCUUCUAGCAGUGACGAUAGCAACGAUAAAAACAAGUUUAACUCAAGUAGGACAGAAAAUCUGCAUUAGUGCAAAUGUACGUUUUGUACGAUUAUUCCAACAUUUAUAGAAGGUAAAUGCUGCAUAAAAUAGGAAACUUUACUUAGUGAUUAAACGUGAUCCUGGAUGCAUAACAAAACAUUGCGACUUUGACACAUUAUGCCUCCAUAUAUCCAUUCAGGAAACUUUAUCAUCAGACACAGUCGAUGAAAAAGCAAAUUCACUGAAGUAAAGAAAAUGAAUGCAAGGUAGUUUCACUCGUAUUUAUAAAUAAUAUAAAUAAUGUAUAUAAUAAUAUAUAAAUAAUAAUGCACAUGCAUGUUUUUAUCGUUUUCGAAUAUAAAAACAAAAACAUUAGCGAAACCAUACACAAUUCUUUAGAUAUAGAAAUAGAAAAAGACCUGGUUCUCAUCAGCUGUUUAAAAGUAUUUUAUUACUAUCAACUGUGCUACGCCUUUUAUUUAGGAAUUAUAGAUUCAUUGUCUAUAGCUAAUAUUCUGCCUGGGUCCAUCACUUUGUUAUACUUGGACGUGGGAAAAGGAUUUCAUUAGUAGAAUUUCCUGGCAACAAAUAGUAAUACAGGUUUCAAAAAUUAAUGGAUGAAGAAUGGUAAUAGUUUGGUUUCUUAUCAUAAAAACGUGUAAAGAUGUAUGUUAAUAUUUAUAAGAAAAGAAGUAACUUUACUACGUGCCUGUUGCAAAUCUACUAAACAUUUGUUUCUUUGUAACUAUUGUAGAAGUUUCUGGUCUUUCACUACCAGCAAUAUUCUUUGGACUUUUUAAACCAAAAUCAGUAUCACUAACCUUUUGAAGUCUUUAAAUUUGUAAGCUCCCAUAAUAAACUGUAGACAAAUGAGUACAACUUCUCUUUCACUUCUUUUGUAAUCCACUCUUUAGAUUGCUUCACAACUUGAAACUUUCAUUUUUUUCACCUAGAAUAGCACUGCCAUGCCUUGGAUUGACCACAACAACUAGCUUCUAGUCAACGUUGCUAUUGUAAUCAAUGGCUGCCAAUUUUAAUCUUGCGUCCAUCACAUUGAGGUCAAAUUCCGUGCAAUUGUUAGCAUACAUCAUCACAAAGGAAUGAAAAACUUCAAUUAACAAGCAUCAGCAUGUCAGCCAGAUUUCUUUUGUUGAGAAUGACUUUCUCCGAUUGCGCUAAGCCAAUAAAUUUUCAGUAUGUAUUUUUUUUAUGAUUCUUCUUUGGAAUAACUUUGAUGACUGCACUUGGAAUAUUUGCUCUACACUUUGUCGAAAAUACGCCUGUUCGAAAUGUGAUGGAGUAAAGAUUGCCACAUUUCUUAAAGUUUCUUAGCAUCUCUGUAACAACUUUGCGCACAAAUAAAAUAGAUGGUUACCAACACAUUUUAUCAAAUCGCUAAGAAUAGCAGACCCUUUUAUUUUGAACAAGGGUCUAAGUUUAAUUUUGAUGUUUUUUUCAAAUUGCGACGUGUCAUAUUGGUAAUUUAUAUCAGACUUGUUUUCUCUUAUAUACUUUGGUAUCUGAAUAAAACUAAAAAAUGACGUACACAAAAUAGCGAAAGUGCGGAGCAUACUCAUUUCUAUUAUAAAAAUAUAGACCUGCUCAUUACUAUCUGUUGCGAUGUUGUGGACUUAAAACUCGUUCUCCUUGAGAUCUUUUAGACACUCUUCACAGCCAGCAAGCUCCAAUGAUACCCAACCUUUUUUACCAGAGGUUUGUAAAGUUGCAUGACAAGAAUCUUUUUUAAGGAAAUAAGGAAACCAUUACCUGAAAAGUAAUUGAAGAGCAUAGAAGUAGGUUGAACGAAGACGAUUUUCUAACAUGGUGUUGACUAGACCAAUUCAAAAGUUCAUGAUCAUUUGAGCAACCCAUGUUAAUAUUCACUUUCAUCUCGCUUAAAAUAUUGCUGAUAUUAAGUUUUUCCUACAAAAAUUUCAUUCAAUUCUGUUUAGCAACUUGUUUAGUUGACUUCCGCAAAUAUCAAAUUUCCUAUUAGUUACAUAAUUCACUUCUUCCUCGUUGAAACAUUGCUGCUCAGCGGAAAUUUCGCUUUGCUAAAUAUGACUUUUACUGUUAAACUUGCAGUUACUAGUAGUAUGUCCUUUCCCAAUUUCCCAACUAUCUCUCAGUACAUAAUUGUUCUUUUUCUGGAUUUGAAAAUCUGUAAUAUGUAACCUCAUGAGGAUUUCUUCUGCUUCUAUUAGAGCAACCGUAUGCCAGAAAACUUGGCAUUUUCUAUCCACAAUUGAAAUAUUAUUAGGUCUGAAAGACAAAUAAUUUUUAUAAAACAACCAAAAAAUAUAAAUGUUAGUUGAAAGGCAAGUCUAACCGAACACAAUAAGUAUAGCAAUAUUUCUGCGUUUUAGACAUCCUUUUGUCUUGCUGCACUCUUUCAAUAUAAAUAUUCGACUCUGUUUUGUGCACUUCAGUGACGCUUACGACUUUCUAACCUCAUGUCCCCUAAAAAAAUUAUAAAAUUGUAUAUAUUUUUGGGAACAUUUUUAUAAAAUGAAAUUAUACUAAAAAAUCAAGAAAGUCAAUUUUGAUUUCAAUUCUCCUUUAUUGUAUAUCGAUUUAGAAAAAAUAUUGCUGAGGUGACACAUCAUUUCAACAAACUUGUUUCUUGCAGUACCAAUUUAUAAAUGUCUUUCCAUUUCAAACAGAAAAAAGUAAAGAGAGAAUAUGGAAGCAAAACUUUUGUAAAUUCAGGUUACAUCCAACUUUAAGAAAAAACACACACUUGCAAAUAUUUAUGGACCUGAAUGAAAAAGUUUUGUUAGCGUAUGGGAAUUCUCCUCAAAUUUUGUUAACUUGUUUUAUUACCUGGUGUGCAUGUAUGAAUAGAUUUUUGAAUAUUUUUAUCAUGUGUUUUUUCGAUAUGACAAUGGCAAGGUAAUUAUCUUAUUUUCUUAUCACAGUUAGCAUAAAGAAGCAAUGAUACAUCUUAAAUUUUCAAGCAACAUAGAAAAAGAGUAUGUCGAAUGAUCAUGCCCUGACGAUCAUACCAGUCUUGCAAAAUAGGCUAUUUUUCCAAAUCCACGUAAUUGUUUUGACAGUAAAAGACAAUUAUGUUAUUGGUUAAAACUACGAAGCAUUAGAAAUUAGCAUUAAUUACUACUAAAACUUUACAAUAACUUAAAAUAUACAAUUAUUUGCGAUGUAAAACGUCCUCACAUUCUUCUAUAAAGCUUGGUUUUGUGAUAGCAUAAUUGCAAAGUUAGGCAUAUAAUUGUGAUACGAAUCUCUAAAAAAGUUGUGCAUUGCACUAAUAUGUUAUUUCAAAAAGUAACAAAAAUGCACAACCUUUAAGGAUGAUUUUUAUGGUGAGAAACCUUUGUAAUUUUGUGCCCUAUUCAGAAAAUCAAUUUCGCAAGAUUGCACAAGUUUUACAAAAGAGAGUGUAGAAAUUUUAAAAGUACUUUUUCAUAAACUUGCAAAAAACACUUGAGGCAGUUUGGUUUAAAGAAGGCAUUUUAUGUGAAAUAUAACCCUGAUAUGUUUGUUUUAUUACUCCAUGCCCAUUAAAAAAAUCCUCUUUCAUAUUUCAUCAGAAAUAAUUGAGCAAAACAUUGCAAUUACCUUUAUUAGUAGUUCAACCAGUCACUAAAAAGUUUUUCUGCAAAUAACUUUUCAUGCCUCAUGAAAAUAUUAUUCCAACAAAAAGUUUUUGUAUUGAUUUGUAAUGAACCCUAAUUUUGUCCAUAAAUGAAGAUAGUUAAAGACACAGCAGCAGGCUUACCUAACGUAUAUCAUGUUAAUAUGGGUAACAAGCAAAGCUUCAUUGCAGAAAAAAGGUGGUCAUUUAACAAUAAUAAAGCAUUUAAUUAGAGGAGGGAAUGUUUCCCUGAGCUGUAGACAUUUUAUUCUGUUAAAAAAUACAUAUUAUAUUUUUUUAUUAGUAUUAUUUUUAAUAAUGACUUAGGUACAUUCUAGAUUACCUUUAGUUUUAUUUUUUCUUUUUCGGUGAUUUUGUAAAGACUAGUUCUUGCAAACAAGUAGGACAAAUGUUACAGCGAUUAGUGGAAUUGUUACUAAAAUUUUCGCAAGAGGUUUAUUUUUUCAAAUGGUUAGAUUUUCUUUUUUCCAAAAAAAUUAAUUGCAUUCAAAAAAACGCAAAAAGCGGGCCACAAAUUAAUCUUACAAAUGAUUAAUCUCAUUAAGAUGAGUUUUUAACAUAACAAGAAAAAUUCUUUGUUUUGUCUCAUGAAAUAUACAUUUUACACAUUUAUUUUUCAUAUAUUUCUUUUACAAUGUAUAUAUUUUUUUGUAUCCAGAUAUUGUUUUCCAAUCAAUAUGUUGUUGUACUAUCUAUAAUAUUAGUUUAGCUUUAAAAUUUUGUAAUUUUGUUUAUUAACUGCAUGUAGGUAAACUAUCAGCAAAUAAGACAGUUGAUUUCACGUUGAGGAAAUAAACCAGAUUGACGUUGAUUGUUUUUUUAAAAAGUUAAUGAAACCAUUGCAUUGCUCUAAUAAUUUUAAGGCUAAAUAGCUUAGGUGUAAAUAGCUGAAGUCUUGUUCCCUCAGAGUAACUGCAGUUAAUCAAAUUGUCCAAAGCUGUUUUAACACACACAUGUCAGAACAGGCAAACUAAUGACAUCAUCGACAAACUUUUAAACCCUAUUUAUUAUUUAGAAAGUAUUUAAUCCCAUACAUUAUUGUCAUAGUGUCAAAGUUGUUUAAAUGGUUUUGUAUUUUAAAUAGUGUUGUAAGGUGUACAAAAUAGAACCUGCAAAUUAUUAAACUUGUAAAAACAAUUGUAUAUAAAUAGGCUGAUAAUAUCACCAUAACAGUCACUGUAGCCGUUUACUUUCCAAAUAUGGAAACAGAACCAACAAAUGUAGAUGAUAUAUUAUGGUGUAAUAUUGUAUCUGCUAGUUUUUAAAUCCUUUAGAUAAUGUUGUAUUGUGAUUUUGCUUAAAUAAGUGAUUUUUUGUCAGGUUGUUA